AUGAAAGCUGUCGAACUGAGCGACGAGAUGGAUCAAGCGUUGGCUGUUCUUCGGGGAUUUCUUUAUGAUGAAUCGUUGGACAGAAGGCCCAUCAUUGUGGGCUAUUUAACUGAAACUGAGGAUAUUAUCGAGUUGGGAAUAGAUCAGUUCCUUGACCAAUUACAAAUGCAACCACAGGAACAGAUGCAUCAAGUCUAUCGUAUCCUCUAUUUCAAAUAUCGGUCAUGGAUUGUAUGGAAUGCCAUUACAUCCAAGCCGUUUCGUGAAGUACGACGCCAAUGUAUGCAAGCGGAUCGUUGUGCCGAUCUAUUGGCUCGUAUAGAUUCGAACAAUGAGGUCAAUCAAAAUAAUGAUCAGACAGAUUCGCAACAAUUUCUUCCGAUGCAAAAAGAUUCGUCCUCGUUGCUACCAGCUAUAUCACGUCACAUGGAAUUGACUAAUAUGUUCUGGUACAGGCCAGACUCGCCCAACUUCUUUCUCUGUCAGCGUGUGAUUUGUGAUCAAUUUGAAAAGAUGGCUCGUCGAGUUCGAGCACAUUUAGGCCAAUAUGAUGACGUGUUUCACGAUCUGUUCUAUCCGUUCGAACGAAUGCAUCUGACACUUUGUGUGUUCUCCUUGAAAGAUCUGUCCCAGGUGGAAGACUGCUUUUCCCUGAUUCAAGAUACUAUUGACAACAUGCGUCGAUGGAUGGCACAAUACCCGGUGGCGUUGCGUGGGAUUCAGGUCUAUCAGGAACGCAUGCUGUUCGUGAACGCCAUCCAGGAUUCGAAUCUGGAAAAGCUGAUUAAAGUAAUCAAACAAACGUGCAAUAUGGCCGGUUUCGUAACCAAUGUGGAAGGUAUAUUCAUUCCACACGUCACCUUACUAAAACAGAAUUAUGUUAAACCUUUGGACCCUAUUCGUCGACCACCCACAUUAUAG